UGUAAUGUUGGUGGCUUUCAGUGCAGGCUGCCUCUCGGACUGUGAACAGUCAGGUGKAAGUGCGCGUAAAAGAAAGUUAAUUCCGUUUUAAUUGAUUUAUUUUAUAUCGGACACACUAAAGAAAGAACAAUUGUGUACCCUAUUAUUUGCAAGUAAAAUUUUGGGGGGUAAUUUCUUAAGAGAAAGCACAACUUCACCAUUAUUUAAUCACCCAGCUGUGGAUACUUACCGAAAAAACGUGUUUGCAAAAGUGAAAGGACAGAUGGGUGGGAGUUGAGAGAGACAGACAGACAUCCCCCUGCUCCUCCAUCUCUCCUGCCUGGACUUCUGCUCACCGCCCCCUCAGAGAUGUCGGAGGACAUGUGGGAGAACAGAACAGUCCCCAGCUCUUACCCCGACCUCCCCCUGUCUUUGCUACUGUGCAACGACACCCUCCUCAAUGACACCCUCCUCAACGACACCCUCUUCAACUGUAUCAACUCCACCAACAUUCCAGAGAUGCCAUUAGGACCCAGUGUAGCAGGGGUCCUCAUCCCACUCAUCUACAUCAUCGUCUGUGUCAUCGGCCUUGGCGGGAAUAGCCUGGUCAUCCACAUUGUGCUGCACUACUCCAAGACGGAGUCUGUGACUAACAUCUACAUCCUGAACCUGGCCAUCGCUGAUGAGCUCUUCAUGCUGGGCCUGCCCUUCCUGGCUGUCCAGAACACCCUCCAGUUUUGGCCCUUUGGCUCCUUUAUGUGCCGCCUGGUCAUGACCGUGGACUCCAUCAACCAGUUCACCUCCAUCUUCUGCCUGACCGUCAUGAGCAUUGACCGCUACCUGGCAGUGGUCCAUCCCAUACGCUCCUCCAAGUGGCGGCGGCCCCAGGUGGCCAAGGUGGUCAACGGCACAGUGUGGGCCAUCUCCUUCCUGGUGGUCCUGCCUGUGGUAAUCUUCGCCAACGUCCACAAGACKGGCGGCACCUGCAAUAUCUCCUGGCCUCGGCCGGCCGACAUUUGGCGGGCGGCUUUUAUCAUCUACACGUCCACAGUGGGUUUCUUCUGCCCACUCCUCAUCAUCUGCCUCUGCUACCUGCUCAUCGUCUUCAAGAUUCGCAGCUCUGGCAAGAAGGUCCACGCCACGUCCACCAAGCGCAGGAAGUCGGAGCGUAAGGUGACGCGCAUGGUGGUGAUCGUGGUGGCCGUGUUUGUCUUCUGCUGGUUGCCCUUCUACGCCCUCAACAUUCUCAACCUGCUGGUGUCUCUGCCAUCAGAGUACCCGGGCCUCUACUACUUUGUUGUGGUAAUGGGCUACGCCAACAGCUGUGCCAACCCCAUCGUCUACGGCUUCCUGUCAGAAAACUUUAAGCGGGGCUUUCGCAAGGCCCUGUGUCGCUCCUCACGCAAGGUGGAGAGCCACGACCUGACAGAGCGCCAGCAGCAGCAGGAGGAGAGAGGUAGGGUGCUGAAGCCCCGAGAGAGCUUGAGGAGGGUCGUACGAGAUGAGGAGGAGGAAGAGGAUGAUGAAGACAGGGAGGACGUCACAGAGAUGACGGAGAUCUGUAGGAUCGCCCAGAAUGGGAACGAACAUCCUGAGAGUUCCCAGGCCCUGUUAACACCCAAGGCACCAGCUCCAGGGGCAUCUGAGCAUGUGGCAUCCCCAGAAAGGAAAGCCAAAGCUGGUGACAUUGGUGGGAAAGGCCCAAGCUUGGGGCCUCCAGCAUCCCUGCAUAAUGGACACACAAAUGGGAGUGUCAAACCACUGCCAGAGGAGCCAGUGGAGAAGAACACCUCACUGGAGAUAAGCUACCUAUAAUGUAAAUUAACUGUCUCUGAAGUCAGUUACCUGAUGAAACUUGCAUUAAUAUUUUGUAGCAUUCAUGUAAUGUCUAUGGAAAAAGUGUGGCUAAAGUGUGGCUCUAUUUAAAUGUACAGCGCUAUACACAUAUAGAGAAGAGAAGCACUCUGCAAGGCCAUAGCACCUUUCAUAAUGUUUUUGCUACAUUUCUGAUCAAUGGGCUGAGAGCGUUUGAACUCUGCAUCAAGCCAAUGGAAUUUGUGUUUCAAUGACUUGAUACUGCCUGUAAAACGGUGUACAUACUAGGUUGUUUCUGAAGACAUUUGUACAAUUUCAAUCUGUGUUUAUAUGUUUUCCCACAUGAUCACUGUAUGUACAUAAUGUAUGUGCCUUUUUCCAAACUUAUCUGACAUAU